AUGGACAUCCUUUCGGUGUAAAUCAGUGCGAAGACGAAGUUAUAUGGCUGGAAUGUGCACCAAUGGACUUGAUGAUCAUUAUUGGAUAGCCUGUGCAGAAGAUGCUGCUGUCACUCUGGACGUCGCUCGUUCUCCCAUGCAGCAUAGCUGCCCGUCCAUCACGUCUGGAACCAGAUGCGCCGCUAUACGAGGAGAACAUUGAAGCUAGAAUCUGGCGAACAGCCCUGAGAGGCGCUCCCGCGGAGGGUGCCAAUGGCUGGCCUAUGUAUACCUAUGGAGCACACAACAACACUCCUGCACUAGCUGAUGACCCAAAUCACCUACCUGGUACAUAUGUGAACACAUCUGCGUCAGGCUGGACUGCUGGCUUUUUCCCCGAUAGUCUGUGGCAACUAUACCACCGAAAAGAGCUGUCAAAGACACGACCUGGUCGCCAUCGCGGCCACGGGCCAGAUCUACAUGCAUGGUUGGCCAUGGCUCAAUCGUGGACUGAUCCUCUGAUCACGAACCGGAACUUGACCAACACCCAUGACAUUGGCUUCCUGGCAUUUCCCUUCGAGUCGGCGCUAGAGUACAACAAUGAGACAAAAUGGCAAGCGGUACUCGCACAAAUGGCUGGGAAUCUGGCCUCCCGUUUCGUCGCAGGCGCAGGCGUGAUCAGAUCAUGGGACAACCGAAACAGUUCUGUUAGUCAGAAUGCUUCCCAUGCUGACUCAGUCCUCGUCAUCAUUGACAAUAUGAUGAAUCUUCCCUUACUGGCGCGAGCAGCAAGCCGUUACUCCGGCAACCAGACCUUGCUGGACAUCGCUAUCAGCCAUGCAGACAAGAGUAUGGCACACCACAUUCGACCUGAUGGUUCGACAUACCACGUGUGCGACUACAGCGCCACGACUGGGGAAGUCUAUCUCUGUCGGACUGCGCAGGGUCUCGCCGACAACAGUACUUGGGCCAGAGGUCAAGCGUGGGCCAUUCAUGGAUUCGCUGAGAUGUAUCAGAUCACUGGUGAACGCAGAUAUCUCGACGCAACUGAGCUGGUGGCGAACUGGUUCCUGGAUCAUCUGCCGGAAGAUGGUGUGCCAUUCUGGGAUUUCAGUGUGCCAGAACCCGAGGCUGGAGUGACGCCUAGGGAUACGAGCGCUGCAACUAUCGCAGCCAGCGGUCUACUGUUGCUGCAGGAUGCAAUCGAUGAGCGGCAAGCAAAUUGCGAGCGCGAUUAUCGUGAAAGUGCGGUUCAGCUAUUGCGCGACACUAUCAACCUCGGCUUGGCGGGAAGCAUAUCUUAUUCCGACAUAGAUGAGCAAAAUCCGGAGGCCGGUCUGGGCGCUGCAACAGAUGUGUCAACGCCAGCCAAUACCAACAUCUCUAGAGGAUUCGAAGCUAUCCUCAUGCAUGCUACAGCGAACAACAAUCCUCGUGCUGGCGACGAGCGCAGCUAUGAUCACGGGCUGGUGUAUGGCGACUAUUAUCUUAUCAAAGCAGGGAACCGAUUGCUAGAAUGGUACAAGAAGCGCAGACAUGAGUGAAGUUGAUCGAUGAGGGUUGAGCCGCGAUAUGGGGAUCCCAAUACUUUCGCGGUUCAACCGGCCAGUGCCUUGGGCUGUCUUCCAUCCGCACUUUAUAUUCGCGAUACUUGUGCAACGGGACGGGUGGGAGGUACAAAUUGACAUGCGUCACUUGUGAAGCUAUCAAUAAACUCCCCACGGACCCCAAUCUCCAAACCUCCUCCUGCCAGGGGUUUCUACA